AUGGAUGAAGUUUUAUCGUAGAUAUCAAAUUAAGUUUAUGAAUUUGAUACUCUGGGAUUAGUUCAACAGUACAUCUUCGAAUUGUCCGAGCAUUUCAAAGAGAAUCACAAUGCCUAAGUGGACAUUCAGCAAUUUGUCAUUUUUUUCAUCAACAAGACUGAUGAACAAGGAAUCGAAGGAUUGAUACUGAUCUCCAAACUCAUAGAACUCUACCAAGACAUACUGUCUAAACAAAACGAAAAAAUACUAAAAUUAAAACAUAUUACCGAUUAUUUGAUAAGUAGUCAAGAAAUUUGCAGUGAAUAUUUUAAUGCUAAAUUCCUACCUUCACAAAAUAAUAAAUUUCAACUUACUCGCCGCGUUUUAACUGACAUCGAAAUUUAACCUCCUGAAAUCUUAGGCCCUCAACCCAAGCAUGCUUAGAAGAUUGCAAACUUAGCUCAAAAUUGA